AUGAUUGGGGAGGAGCCUAGACCGAGUGACCCCACGCUGCAGGAAGAUUGGGACGAGCGCUCCUCGGCUGGCUACUAUUUGAUGUCGCAGAGUUUGGAGCUGAACCAGCGUCACCACGUCAUGCACCUGCUGCCGGAGGUUGAAUGCGGUCCGAAGGCGUGGACCGUGUUGAAGGAGCUGCACGCCCCGACCUCCGUUGUCGCAACGUUGAUGCUGGAGAGGGAGCUGUCCGCGUUGCGCCUGAGCGAGGGAGAGCCGGUGCAACCAGUCCUGGACAAGAUGCGCGACCUCUACGCGAAGUUGGCGACCGCGGGAAUCACCUACCCGGAGCAGACCAAGUGCUUGAAGAUGCUCUCGCUGCUGCCGGAAUCGUGGCUUCAAUUUACGAGCGGAUUGAGCCUGCCGCAGAACCAGAGCUUGUGGACGCUCGAGUGGGUGCGGAUGAAGAUUCUGGAGGAGGACUUCCGUCGCCGCCAACUGAGGGGUGGAGACGACGGCAGCAGCAGCUACGGGAUGCAAGGGAGCCGACGUGGCAGAGGACGUGGCUUUGGUGGUGCUGGACGCGGUGCAAAGAAAGACGACGACUCCAACGACCAACAAGGAGGUACCGGUUGGGGGCACCCCUGGUUUUUGUGCUAUAAGAAACCCGAUGGAUGGACCCCCCAGAAUCGUCACCAGGAUGGCGGCGCGCGGAGGAACCAGAAAAACGGCGCCAACAUGGUCGCUGAUUCGUCCGACAACAACCCGAAGGGCAACGGCGGUGCGGAGAAGAAGAAGGAGCGCACCGCGGGCCAAUUCUUCCAUGUGGGAGACAAGGGGGAGCAAGGAGACGCCUCUGCCAAAGUUGGAGCAGAGUUGCACCCCCUAGACUAUUGGGUGUUGGACACAGGCGCUGCUUGGACGAUGACGCCGCGCAAGGACCUGCUGGACGAAGUACGAGCUGCACCGAUCAAUGAAGUGUGCUCCGCCUCUGGACACAUGUUGAAGGUGGCUGGUGCGGGACGAGCUGCGUUUAAGGGAGCGGAUGGCAAGCCGGUGGUGCUGCACGACGUUCUCUUCGUCCCCGACCUGAAGGCCAACCUUAUCUCCCUCCGUAAGCUUGGCAAGGCUGGGGUGAACACCAACACGGAUGGGGCACGCACUUAUAAGGGGAAGCUGGGCAAUCGGGUGCUUUGGGAUCUGCACGAGAGCAAGGACGUGUACAGAUCUAUGUGGCAGCUGCCGGCCCUGGCGUGGCAUGGUGGGGGGCAGGCUGGAGAGGGGUCUGCAUCCCAGGGGGAGUGCAAUGCCGUUGGAGGGGUUGGUGUGAAAGUGUCGGCCAGAUCUGGGGAGACGGAUUGGGCAACGGCACACCGACGCUUGGGGCAUGUGGCAAUGCCUCUGCUGAAGCAGCUGGAGAAAGAUGGAGCUGUCAAAGGUUUGAAGCUGAACGGACAGCCACCCGAUGACAACUGUGAAAUCUGUUUGCUUUCAAAGUUCACCCGUUUCCCUUUCCAUAGUGUGGCUGGCAGGAGCAAGAAGCCUUUGGAGCUGGUCCACAUGGACUUGGUGGGGCCGCUGCCGGUGCAAGGGCACAAGGGGGAGCGGUAUUUUCUUACAAUUGUGGAUGACUGGAGCAGGCUGAUGUGGGCGUAUCCGCUGAAGCAGAAGGACCACGCCGCCUCCACGAUACGGGACGAUUGGCUGCCAUUCGUGGAGAAGCAAGCGGAGUGUGUAGUGAAGCGGAUUAGGACAGACCGGGGUGGUGAGUUCCUUGGAGCUGAAAUGACGGCCUGGCUCAAGAAGCAGGGCAUCCAGAGAGAGCUGACCACGGCUUAUACCCCACAGUCCAAUGGUGUAGCAGAACGGGCAAACCGGACCAUUCUGGAGACAGCUAGGGCGCUGCUCAUAGAAUCUGGGCUGAGCAAUUCUAUGUGGCCUCAUGCUGUCCGGCACGCCACUGUCGCUAGGAACAGGGUGCUCACCAAGGUUGGGGAUGACUCGUGGGUGCCGUUGGAGAGGUGGCUUGGGAGGAAGCCGCCGGUGGACAUGCUGAGGGUGUUCGGUUGCAUGGCAGUCGCCCACGUCCCCAAGACCUACCGCAGUAAGUUGGGGGCGAGUGCAAUCUGGUGUGUGCAUUUGGGGCUGGCUGCUGAGAGCAAGGGAUGGCUGCUGUGGGAACCAUCCAAGGGUGUGUUGUUUGACAGCAGGGAUGUGAAAUUCAUUGAGGGCAUGAUGUAUGGGAGCUGGGAGAAACAGCCGGAGGCAAGGGUGUCCCAGCAGAUGGAGCAGAUCACCAUGCAGCUGGACCUGACUCCUAGUGUGUGGGAGGAGGGAGAGGAGGCAGCUGCUGGAAAUGGUGAUGGAGAGAAGAUACAGGAGGCAUCUGCUGGUGGAGAAAAUGGUGUGGAAACUGGCGGCAGCACUAGUGGAGCUGCUGGACCCGAGGGAGGAGAGAAGCAGCAGGGAAAAACUAAGAAGCCGAAGGGUGUCGUUAUGAAGGGAUGGGAGACACCCGUCUCCAGGCCAGGACGUACCCGUAUGGCUACUAAGAAGCUGACUGCAGGAACUGAUGCAGCAGAGCAGCAGCUAGGGACCGAAGAGGCAUUGCUGAUUCUACCUCAUGGCUAUGACCCGGAUGAGGAGGAUGAGCCUGCGUACUGUUUUCUUGCCCCUGCACCAGAGGAACCAGCUAGCAUGGAGGAGGCAUUAGCUGGACCAGAUAGGGACAAGUGGCUGGCUUCUAGGGAUGCUGAGUACCAGAGUCUGCUGGAGAAUAGGACAUGGGAUCUGGUGGUGCUGCCUGAUGGGAAGAAAGCGAUACAAUGCAAGUGGGUGCUGAGGAUCAAGACCGAUGACAAGGGGCAGGUCACCAUCUACAAGAGUAGGCUGGUGGCGAAGGGGUUUAUGCAGAAGGAGAAGCAGGACUUCAACGAGAUCUUUGCUCCCACUGCCAAACCCCCUACCCUCCGUGUCUUGUUGGCAGAUGCAGCUGUUAGUGGGAAAUUCAUCAUUCAGAUGGAUAUUUCAACGGCAUUCCUGAAUGGGAUUUUAGAGGAGGAUGUGUACAUGACGCAGCCGCCUGGGUAUGAGGAUGGUACGGGCAGGGUGUGCAAGCUCAACAAGUCCAUCUACGGCUUGAAGCAGGCGCCACGCUGCUGGUACCAGAAGUUGGCAGCUGUUUUAGAGGAGAUGGGAUUCAGGACCAGCAGCUGUGAUGAGAGCCUCUUUCUCAAGGGCGAGGGGGAGAAGCUGGUGCUGUUUCUGGUCUAUGUGGACGACAUUCUUCUCUUCAGCAGCAGCAUGAAGGAGAUCCAGAAAGUGCAGCAGCAACUGAUGGAAAACUUCAAGUGCAAGAACCUUGGGGAGGUAAAGUACUACCUCGGGAUGCACGUGGAGAGGGAUCCAGAUCACAGGUGGUUGAAGCUGCACCAGGAGAAGUUCAUCAAGGAGCUGGGGGAGAAGUAUGGGAUUGAGAAUGAGCGCAAGGUUGCAACUCCCCUGCCAGCAGAAUUCAAGCUUGUGAAGGCUGCAGAGGAUGAAGGGGUUGAAGCCGAGGAGCAGCAGCAAUUUCAGUCCUUGGUGGGCAGCCUCUUGUACGCAGCAGUUCACACGAGGCCCGACAUCUCUUUCUCGGUUGGGCAGCUGGCUAGGGUGGUGCAGAAUCCAUCAGAGGAGCAGGUGGAUGCAGCUGAGCGUGUGGUGAAGCAGAAAGGGGUUGAGGUGCUGAAAGAGAAGGGGGAGAGGCUUGGAGAAGGCAAGCUAUUUCUCACUUGCUUUACCGAUGCUACAUGGGCUUCUGAGAAGGAGGAUUCCUCAUCUGUGGGAGGAUACAUCUGCGUAGUUGGGGGAGGACCUGUUAGUUGGAGGUCCAAGAAGCAGACGGAGACGGCACUCUCUUCCGUAGAAUCAGAGUACAUGGCGAUGUUCCAUGGGGUGAAGGAGGUGAUUUGGCUGAGGAGGCUGUUAGAGGAGAUUGGCCAGGAGCAGAAAGUUGCUACGCCGCUGUUUUGUGAUAGCAAGGGGGCUCUUGGGAUGGCCAGGAACGCUGUGCUUCAUGGCCUGAACAAGCACAUGCGUAUCAAGUGGCACUGGCUGCGUAAGGAGGUGAAGAGGGGGACGGUGAAUCCAAUCUACAUCAAGACUCACCAGCAGCCAGCAGACUUUCUCACCAAGAGGCUUGCGGAUGAGCCUCAUUGGCGUUGUGUGCGCAUGAGUGGAAUGAGCAUGAACUAG